AUGUCGAACAAUUGGAUAACAUUAAUGCUGUUUGGCUUGCUGACAAGCCAAAUUACUGGGGCAUUAAAUAUUGCAAAAGUAACAACAACAACAACAACAGCAACAGAAAAGAGUCAACUUGUGGAGGAUGUAAGACCAGGGGCAACACCUUCUUCGAGUGUGCCUUUGGAUGUUAAGGGAAAGCGAAUUGAAAAUGAUUUGCAUUUUACAACAAUAACCAGUCAUGAUUCGGUAGAAGCCAAGCCGUUUAUCUCCAGCAGCUCUACAGAGGCAUCAAUACCCUCAACACCUUUAGAAAAUCGUUUUGCUGAGACCCAGACCCCCACACUGGCAUCUUCAAAUGCUCCAGCAACAACGAUUGUCAAUGAAAGUGAAAAACCAACAACAACAACAAUAACGUUGGAAAAACUAACACCAACAAUAGACCAGCCAAGCGAGAUUGCUGCCGAACGGAUGGAGGCAACAAACAAAGAAUCUUUGGAAAGUUCGGAUGCUUCUGUUGUGGAUGGUGUAAAAGACCAGCAACAAAUCAUGACAAUGACAGGACAACAAACUAUAAUCAACAACAAGGAGUUACAACAACAAACAGAACAACAACAUGAGUCACAUAAAGAGCAACAGACAUUAACAACGGAAGUGUCUAUGCUAAAGGAAACGGAAGUGCAGCAGCAACAAGUAAACGGAAAUGCACAAACAACGACAGCGAAUACACCGAACAAUGUGAUUACAUUAAAAGCGACAGCAACAGAUAACAAGGGGGAGGUGGAUGAGGAGAGGGUAGAGAAGAAGCCAAAGCAUGAGGAUAUGAAAAAGUUUGUCACAACAAAUAUUCCCUUUACAACAAUUCACGCUGCUGAAGAUGCAACGGAAAUUGCCACAGAUAGCCAGCAAUUUAAAAUCGACACUAGUAUCUCCGGUAAUUUUCAGGCAACUUCGAUUCCGCAGCAACAACAGGGAAUUUUAAAUGGGGAUAUUUCCAGCUCCAGCUCUACAAAUUUAGAUGAGGAGAGUAGGAGGAUUCUUAGCUCCAAUUCUGUAGACUUAGAUGAGAAGAAGAGUGAACCCAGCUCCAACACUACCGAUUUAAAUAAGGAUAGUAGGAGAAGCCCUAGCUCUAGUACUGCAAAUUCAGAUGAGAAGACAGGAAGUCCCACUUCCAAUUGGGAAAUUUUAGAUGAGAAGCAAAGGAGCUCCAAUUUGGAAAUUUUAGAUGUGCAGACCAGUAAUCCCACUUCCACCUCCUCCUCCUCCUCUUCUCCUUCCCCUGGCAUUGAGGAAAAUGAAAAAUUACACAUUUUCGAGGAAGACAGUACCUCCCGGCCUCAGCCUACUCAUACCAGCUCCACCACAUCACAUGCAGAUGAUGAUAUGAAGAGCUCCAGCCCCAUUUCUCCACCCUCAACUGGCAUUGAGGAAUCCGAAAAACUGCACAUUUUCGAGGAGGCCAUUACCUCCCGACCCCUGCCUCCUCAUCCAGAUAACCACGAAUUUGCUACAAAUUCCGAACAACUUGCCCUCAAUGAUUUCAAACCUUUGAUCCAAGAAACCAACAACAAACUUCUAGCAGAGCGAACAAUUUUCACCCCCAAAAAUCUCAAUGAAGAACAAGAAUGGAAACAAAAUCUAAUGCCUAACGAAGUGGAGGAUUUUGAACAUCCAGUGGGGCCGAAACUGAGAAUGGAACCCAAAAAAGUCUAUCAAUCUCCCUAUGAACAUAAUAUCAAUUGGAGUCCUUAUCUGCAUCCUGCCACACCGGUGGCAGUGGAUUUCACUGGCAAGGUUUUACAAGAGGAGGAUGGGGUCAUUACGGAAAUUGAAGAGAAAUUUCGUUUAAAGGAAUUUGCCACCGAUAUCAAUGGGAAACAAGAGGAAAAUGAGGAAACCACAACAGCCAAGGCCGCAGAACCUGUGGCCACACCGACCCACAAACCCUUUGCCACACUUAUGGUAAAUCAUGAAAAAUCGCCACCCAAUACCCAUCGUUCCAGGGAGGUAUCAACUGCAGCUGGGGGUCCUACCCCCAAUGUGGUCAUUAUGAGACCCGUACAAUUUAUUGAGCGCCGCGUUAAGAAAAGUUUCGAUUUUCCCAUGCAUCGCAUUGCCAGUGAUGCCAAUCAUGCCAUGCAACACUUCGAUUUUGCCAAUACGAAAUUUAGCAGUAAUUUAAAUGAACCCAAGCAGCACUUAAAUCCCCCUCUAGCCCAGGAAUUAUCUGCAACCUCUGGAGUGGGAGCAGGAAUUUCACAGGGAGCCCCCGGCCACGACCUAAAUGCCAUGCAUGUGCCACGACAACAACCGGAAUUUUCCACAACGAAAUUCUACAACAGCAAAGAGCUCUACAAUGAAAUGUUGCAACAUAAAAACAAGCAGAUGCAGCAGCAACAACAACAACAAUCUGAGUCACAUUCCCAUCCUGACUCCAUGAACCUGUUAAAAGAAGACGACAUAACUCCUCAGGCUGGUAGGGGUGCCUCAUCCAUGACUUUGAAUAGUUUUGCGGUUUUGCAUUCUCCAAAAAUAGCCAAACUAGAAGAGAUUCAUGAACAGCCACAGAAAAGUUUGGCCAUAAAGAGAGUCACAGUGCAGCAGCACCAGCACAACAAGAGUGACUCGUUGGACACACCUCCCACCACCAUGAGUACGAAUAUAGGCUCCACUACCACCAGAAUUAAUGCUGAAUUACUCACCGCUACCACCACCUCUACAACAACGAAAAAGUUUCACAAAGAAUUGAAAAAAGCCAAAUUGUUGAUAAAAACCAUAAUACCCAACAACAAUAACAACAACAAUGGUGAGGGUGAUGGUUCUCAAAGAACCGAAACUUACAAAUCCUCUACAGUAACACCUGACCAUAAAACUAACACCGACACAGCAGCACAAUCAGCAUCACCCACAACGACAAGUACUCAACUGCUUACAACUAAUCCAACUACUUUGACCAGUUCCAAACCACAGGAAGCAAGAUCAAAUAAUUUAACAUCUUCAGCAUUGCCUUCUGCUGCUGGUGAUGCUGCUUCAUCACAAAUCUUAGCACCAUCCUCAACAUCAGGAAAAUCCUACUCCAGCACUUCUUCAGCACCACCACCCGCAUCAUCAUCCGAUCCGCAAUCCUAUAUGGUACCCUCCUAUGUCUAUCCACCACCCACAUGGAGGCCUACAUCGUCGGUAUCAUCCCAUUCAACAAAUCCCACAAAAUCCGCAACAAAACCAAUUGUACGACCUAGGAUUCUAAGUCGUUUGCAAGAGAAAAUCAAUUCGCUCGAAUGUGAAAUACCCAAUGUACCGCAGGAUUCACAUUUGUGGCGUGGCAACGAAACGCAUGAAUUGCUGCUACCCAUAAUGACACCCGAGAAUUGUAAAACGGACAAAGACUGCACAGCCAUGAUGGUUUCAUGGGAGGGUGAAGCUGAAAUCCAAUCGGGAGAUAUAUUAAUUGUUGAAAUAAACGAUGCCCUCUUAAAUCCAAAGGAGAUAAAUCUAACAACCAG